UCCCUUUUCUUCCUUUUUCAGAAAGAUAGAGUCGGUGAAUUCUGAAUAUUUGAGCAGAAUCCAUGGCACCCCACAGAACACUUUGAGCCAACACCCCCUUCAGACGACAGACACUCACACCUAUUUAACGCACUCUUUCAAAUCCAACACAAAAACGCUCACUGUCUUUCAUUUCCUUGCCUCUCUUUUUUCUUUCUCCCAUCUUUUACGUUAGUUUCACGCUUCAACAUUUUUCCAUGGAAUUCAAAUAUCGUGCCGUCCAAGAUCGAAGGACACCGCCGCCGCCGCCGCCGCCGCACCCUCUUUCCACCGGCACCUACGUCUUCGACAGCCCAUUACGAGGGUAUGAGUUUUCAUCAGGUGGUUAUCCCAGCAAUGUUUCGGCGCCUAGAGUUUUCCUAACUCCGGUGCCAGUCAAUGUUGGAGAAGCGUUCCGGCGAGAAUUGGAGAAAAAGCAAAUACUGCGGGAGCUGGAGAAGGAAGAAAUUAGGAGAGAGAUACUUGCCCGCGAGAUGGCACAACGGCGAGAACUGGAGGAGGAAGUCAUGAGGGAAAUAACAGUCGAGAGAGUACUUGGAAUCUCAUUUCGAGAACAAGUUUCGAUGUCUUUGAAUCAGAAUCAUAGAAUGAACAAGCCGAUCAAUAACAACAUAUUUGGUGGUUCACAACCUCGACUUCCCCCUCAAAUUGAUAUCAAACAGAGUAACAAAGAUAAAGUGAUCAUACUGGCCGGUGCUAAGCCAGAUGUUGAUCCUUAUGGUGCAAAACGCAAAGCAGGGAAACCUCCUACAAUUGAUGACAAUCAUCAUUCUGGAUUUAGUGUGGAGAAGAAACCUAAGCGGGAGUGGAGUUGUGGAUUAUGUCAAAUUACUACCACAAAUGAGAAAGGGUUGAAUAAUCAUCUUGAGGGAAAGAAGCACAAGGCAAAAGCAUCACUGAGAACUAAAAAGAUAGGGUUGGAUGCAAGACUAGAUGGUCAAAAACUUCAACGUGGCAUAACCUCCACAAACAUAGGCAUACUGGAACCUAGAAAGGAGGAUCAAGUUGUGCAAAACAGUCAAGGUUUAGGUGGUCUGGAUAAUGAAAAUGAAAUAGCUACUAGCAAAGAAACAGGUGAAACAAAUGCAUUGACAAAAAGGAAGAAGUUUAAAUUUUACUGUGCAUUUUGUAAAGUUCAAACUGCCUCAGAAAUUAUCAUGCAAAGCCAUAAAAAUGGAAAAAGGCAUCUGGCUAUGAUCAAGAAAUUUAGCCAAAACAAUGUUGUUGCAAAUUUUUAUUGAUUAAUGUAUUAUAUCUUAAAUAUUGAAUUGGUUAAUGCUUAUGAAUGUCAAUCAU